AGUUGAGUAAAAAAACUCGUCGCUUUUUGAUGACGUAAGCAAAAGGACGCCUUUAUUUUGCGUAAUUUCCCUCUCCACAUCCUUUUCUACGUAGCGUCGAGAGGGACAAGCCGCAAAAAUGAGUAAGGUGUCCAGGGAUGCGCUGUACGAUGCCGUGAAGGAGGUCCUGCAGGGCUCCCUUACCAAGCAAAGGAAGUUCACAGAGUCGGUGGAGCUGCAGAUCAGCUUGAAAAAUUAUGAUCCCCAGAAGGACAAGCGUUUCUCCGGCACUGUCAGGCUGAAGACUCUCCCCAGGCCCAAAUUCUCCGUCUGCGUCCUGGGAGACCAGCAGCAUUGUGACGAAGCCAAAGCUGCUGAGCUGCCCCACAUGGACAUUGAGGCUCUCAAGAAGCUCAACAAGAACAAGAAGAUGGUCAAGAAGCUCGCCAAAAAGUACGAUGCCUUCCUGGCCUCAGAGUCUCUGAUCAAGCAGAUCCCUCGUAUCCUCGGUCCUGGUCUCAACAAGGCUGGCAAGUUCCCCUCCCUGCUCACCCACAAUGAGAACCUGAACACCAAAGUGGACGAGGUCAAAUCCACCAUCAAAUUCCAGAUGAAGAAGGUGCUGUGUCUGGCUGUAGCUGUAGGACACGUGAAGAUGACAGAGGAUGAGCUUGUGUACAACAUCCACCUGGCCGUCAACUUCCUCGUGUCUCUGCUGAAGAAGAACUGGCAGAACGUGCGUGCGCUCUACGUGAAGAGCACCAUGGGCAAACCCCAACGCCUCUACUAAGACUGCUUUUCUAUCAAUAAAAAUGUGGAGAUGCUCAAA